AUGGCUGACGAGCGGCGCGAGGUUGCAGAGCAGGAGCCUGCCGAGGCGCCUAUCCAGAAUGUGUUCCACAGCCUGGCAUACUGCCUGGUGGUGAGCUUUGCGCAAAUGUUCAGUGUCGGUGGUCUUGGCAUUGCGGCGUUUACGGCGCGCGACGUCGCCCAAGCGAUCAACGCCUCGCAGAGCGAUACAGUGUGGUUUAUGGCGGCCUACUCGUUGACCGGUGGCGUGUUUGUGCUGAUUGCGGGAAGCAUCGGCGACGUAAUCGGCCCAAAGUAUACCCUUGUGCUGGGCUGGUUCUUUACCGCCAUCUGGACGUUGGUCUCUGGCUUUGCGACGAGCCCAAUCAUGUUUGACGUGAUGCGCGGCCUCGCGGGCAUCGGCAAUGCGCUCAUGAUUCCGUGCGCGAUUGCUUUGCUUGCGCGCGCCUAUCCUCCGGGAUCCGCGUGGAAGAACUUUUCGUUCGCACUGCUUGGCUUCUUUGCGCCGGCCGGCUUUGUGGUCGGCGGCUCGAUCGGCGCAGGGAUGACGCAUGCCGUAUCGUGGAAGUGGGGAUACUGGCUCUAUGCGAUCGUCUGCUUUGCGUUUGGCGUCGCAACAUUUGUCAUUGUACCGCACCGGCUGGGAAAGCGUCUUCCGAACGCGAGCCUGCGCAACUUUGACUAUGUUGGCAGCUUCCUGGGCGUGGCGGGCCUGCUGCUGUUUGCCUUUGCUUGGAACCAGGCUGCGUUGGUCGGUUGGGAAACGCCAUACACCUAUGUCCUUUUGAUUCUCGGCAUCCUCGCACUGGCUGGCUUUGUCGUGUGGGAAAAGCGUGUCAAGGAGCCUGUACUGCCCCCCGAUAUGUGGACGCGUCCUGGGUUUGCGCCUGUCAUUGUGACGCUCUUCUUUGGAUGGAUGUCGUUCGGCGUAUUUUUAUACUUUGCGCCCGAGUUUAUCAUGACCUUCCGCGACGUCACGCCGCUGAAUACCGCUGGCGAGGCCGCUCCCCUGGUGAUUGGAGGCCUGAUCGCGACUAUGACUGUCGCCGCAACAGUCGACCACGUCAAGGUACAGUACUUUUUUAUUCUCUCUGGGUUUGCAUUCAUCUUUGGCAAUGUCAUGUUUGCCGCCAUGCCGCCGCACCAGAUCUACUGGGCGAUGGCCUUUCCCGCCUUUGCCCUCACGUCGUUCGGCCCCGACUUAAGCUUCACGGCGGCGAGUAUUACCAUUUCCAACACUGUGAUGCCCCACGAACAAGGCAAGGGCGGCAGUAUGGUCAACACCAUGGUGCUGUACAGUGCCGGCCUCGGUAUGGGGAUUGCAGGCACAAUCGAGCGUUACGUCCUGGAACGCCACAAUGACCAGCACCUCGCCUUCCGCAGUGCAUUCAUUUUCGCUUUGGGCAUCGCGACCAUCGCCCUCAUCCUUGGCGUCACGAUUCGCGACCGCCGCUUUCCUCCCAAAGACGCACCGGAGAAGUCGGCAUCGUUUGAGCAACCAUAG